AUGAGUGGGACUGAGGAUAAUGGCGAGUUGUUUGAACGAGGGGCCAGGGACAGGGAUCACAGGUACGAGGGGCUAGCAACAGGGAUCACUGGAACGAGGACAACAGGGAUCACGGGAAUAAGGGGCCAGCAACAGGGAUUACAAAAACGAGGAGCCAGCAACAGGGGUCACGGGAACAGAAACGAGGGGCUAGCAACAGGGAUUACAGGAACGAGGAACCAGCAACAGGGAUCACAGGAACGAGGGGCCAGCAACAGGGAUAACAGGAACGAGGGGCCGGGAACAGGGAUCACAGGUACGAGGGGACAACAACAGGGAUCACAGGAACAAGGAGACAGCAACAGGAUUACAGGAACGAGGAGCCAGCAACAGGGAUCACAAAAACAGGAACGAGGGGCUAGCAACAGGGAUCACAGGAACAAGGGGCCAGCAACAGGAAUCACAGGAACGAGGGGCCAACAAUCGGGAUCACAGGAAGACGGGCUAGCAACAGGGAUCACUGGAACGAGGGGCCAGCAACUAGGGGCCAGCAACAGGGACCACAGGAACGAGUGGCCAGCAACAGGGAUCUCAGGAACGAGGGGCAAGCAAAAGGGAUCACAGGGACGAGGGGCCAGCAACAGGGAUCACAGGGACGAGGGGCCAGCAAUAGGGAUCACAGAUACGAGGGGCCAGCAACAGGGAUCACAGGGACAAGGGGCUAGCAACAGGGGUCACUGGAACGAGGGGCUAGCAACAGGGAUCACAGGAACGAGGGGCCAACAACGGGGAUCACAGGAACGAGAGGCCAGCAACACGAUGACAGGAAUUAGGGACCAGCAACGAGGGGCCAGCAUCAGGGAUCACAUGAUUCAGGGGCCAGCAUCAUGGAUCACAGGAACGAGUGUCCAGCAACAAGGAUCACAGGAAUUAGGGGCCAGCAACAUGGAUCAUAGGAAUUAG